AUGGACCCCUCCAACCUGCCAUUGGUACCCGGGCCCUCGAUGCCUGUUUUGGAUGGUGCUGGGAUGGAACUUCAGCACAUGCUGGCUGAUCUUCAAAGGAAGUGCGAAACCUAUAAAUCCAAUUACAACGUUCUCAAGAUUGAACAUUCCAGUUUGCAGGAUGAGAUUCUACAUAUCCAGGGUGAGGUGAAGCGUCUUCAAAACCAGCAUGACAAGCUACAAUCGCAAUUGGCUGAGAGGUCAAGAGAACUUCUAGACAAAAAAAGGGAGUCAGAGGAGCUGCGUUUACAAGUGAUGACUCCGAAGCGUCUGGAUUUGCUGCGGUCUCAGGUACAGCAGGAGAUGGAGGCUCCGGUCAGGGAGCGUUUCCAAAGAUUGGAAGAGGAAGCGGAAAAGUACAGGUCCGAGUUCAACAAGCUACGCCAUGCCUUCACUCUCCUCAAUUCCCAGUUUGAACACCAAAAGGAGGAACACGCCAGCGAAAUAGAAGGACAAAAGAUGCGCUAUGAAGUGGAAAUUUCUCAUCUGAAGAAAGAAAAGGAUAACCGAGUGGCCCAGUACCAGAGUGUGGACCUACAGCACGAGAGAAAACAAGUGGAGAUUCUGCUUAAAGAGAAAGCUCAACUUACCAUGUGGCUGAAGAGUCUGCAGGCAGAAGUGGAUGAGCUCCAGGCCAAGAAGGACAACUCGGACCAGCAGGUGGAGAGCAUUCAAUUCUCUCACAGCACGCAGCUCUCAGAAACCAAAGCUAUGGUGAAGUCCCUUGAGUCCGAGCGCCAAUGUCUGGCUUUACGACUUGAGCGCAUGGAGGGAGAACUUCAUCUCAGCCAGGAGCAGAACAACCAGCUGACUGGACAGCUUCACAAAAGCAAAAGAGAAGUCAGCUCACUCACCUCUCAGCUGGAGAGCCUGAAGAUGUCACAUAAGACCGAAGUGGACAAUGUCAAACUGGAGUUAACCCGCUCCAGGGGCGAGGUGGAGAGGGAGUGUGAGUCACUUAGAGGGCAGAAGGAAGGCCUGCAAAUGGAGGUGGCUGUUCUAAAGGAAAUGCUCGACAAACACAAUGAGGUUCUCGUGGAGAAAGAGAUGGCGAUGGUCCGGAAAGUCAAGGCCGUCUCUGACGAAGAAAUGUACAAGACAACUAUGUUGCUUGAAGAAAAGCUAGAUUUGGAGCAACGUCUGAUGGAGCUAGAACAACAGAAGACCGUGCAUGAUAUGAACGCGCAAGCACAGAAAGACGAUUGGCAGGAACAAGUCCGGCUCGCCCAGAAAGGAGAGGAGUCUUUGCGGAAAGAGCUUCAAGCCCUGAGAAUCAAAUUAAAGCAGCAAAACGCUCAGAUGGAGGAACUGCAGAGACAGAAUGCCGAGGCGAUGGCAUUAAAACAGAAAAACGAGGAACUGUGUGUCCACCUGGGGACCGUGUCACGUUCCGAAGCCGAGCUGUUAGAAGCCAACGAGCGUCUGCGGGAAAAACUCCAAAUCAUGAGAGAGGAGAACAUCCGUUGCGGGGCGGAGAGAAAAUUUGUGAGCUCAUUCAAUUCAGAUCGCCGUUUGUCAUCUGCCAGGCUUUUGGAGGACAGCAAGGAGCGAGAGUCCAAAUUAGAAGAUAAAUACGCGCAGCUCAAAGACAAACUACACAAGGCGUCGACGGCGGAAAAAAAGCGGCGAUUCAAGGAGAUGAAAAAAGAGCACAGCUUGAAUACUACAAUCCAAAUGCUGAGGAAACAAAUGGAGGAGCUGAAAGAGGACGGUGCAUCGGCCAACAAGUGA